GGGGCCGCCUGGUUAGUUUUCUGACCUCGCAAACAUGAGUACAGAUAGGGCGAGAUGUACUUGACGGCCUCCAUUAUAUGCUGUAAGCGUAGGGAGCUCAAGUUAUCUGCAUGAUUAUGAAAUGGCUCCCGAUAUGUCACCGUCUUUGUUUCGCACACGACCUACGUUGUCAUUUUUGCUGUUUUUUGUGAAUAUUCCAUGCCGGGGCUGUCAGACGCCGACAAAGUGCUUUCCAUAUCAUGCGCCGGUCAUCUAGCUUCUUUAGCGGUUUGCAGAGGGUGCAUUCGAGAUCUAAGAGCGAUGACACCACAAGAACAAGCGGGGUUAACCAUCACGAGGGUGCGGCCUUGACGGUGGUCUACCAAGGCGAUAACCCAGAGAUUGAUAUUAUAGCUGUUCAUGGAAUCAAUGGGGACGCCGUUCAUACCUUCUCGUCGAAAAGUAACAACCGCUUCUGGCUCAGUGACGAUGACAUGCUUCCUCGGGAUGUCAAGAACGCGCGUAUCAUGACAUAUAGCUACCCGGCGUCUGUAACAGCACUCCUUGGUGGCACGUCGUCAGAUCGCAUCUUGCAACAUGCGCAAACCAUGAUUGCCGAGCUUGUUGCAGAUCGGGAGUUAGAGCAUGCCACCGAGCGACCGAUCAUCUUCAUCUGCCAUUCUCUUGGGGGGAUUGUAGUGAAACGAGCUCUUGUGUACUCGGCGAGUCGGACAGCUAGCCAUAUCAAACAUCUACGCUCGAUCUACGUCUCAACAUAUGGAAUGCUCUUUUUCGGUACUCCGCACCAAGGCAGUAGGAAAGCGAAUCUCCUCACACCUGCACAGCGGAUAAUAGAUAUUCUUCUUCCAUCGAGAAUAUUGGACACAGAAGCCCAGCUACUGAAUGCGCUGAAGGAAGGUUCGGAAAUCCUACAAGAAAUCACAGACAACUUCGCACCGUUGAUGAAAGAUUUCAGAGUUUACUUCUUCUGGGAACAGGAAAAAACAGACCUAGGUUUUAAACUCGAUUAUAUUGUCAGCGAGAGUUCCGCAGCACCAAUCAUAGAUAACACCGACCGAGCGGGAAUACGGGCCGAUCAUAGAAGCAUGUGUAGAUUCACGUCGAGAAAUGCGCCCGGCUACACGCUUGUUGCUUCAAGUCUCCUCCGCUACGCACGCGAUGCUCCCCAGACAAUAAGUCGCAGGUGGCGCAAUGAAAAAGAUAUUUUCUUUUCGUCACGACAGCAACAAUUGAAACACAGUGAAUACCAUGAGCUAGAGAGUGAAAGCGAAGAGGUGCAGCGGGCAGUUAAGAGCUAGUGUCACAAUUGAAUCUUAGGUAAGGGGUACGCAUGAACCUUGGCAGAUGGGUGUCAGACGUUCUCGGUAUUGCACAAAGAAUUCUUGUGAGGUUACUGGUAUCUAUUAUUUGGAAUCAGAUGAGAAGCUGCGCAUGUAGAAGGAGGAAUUCCAGGUCUGCAUUGGAAACUAGCCGAUUGAAAACAACGCAAGUAGAAUAACGAAGUCACCCUAUCCCCCCUUGUGCCCUAAGUAUUCUUGCUGAUGAAGUCAUCGCGAAUCAUAAAAUUACAAUUAACGAAUCCCGGAUCCCGAAGCUGCUCACGAAUGCCACCCUUCAACUUCUCCUGACAUUACACCACUUCUUAUUACAGAGAUGCGAGCCAAAGCUUGGACAUGACAGACUACAUUUCCUACAGGAGAAAGAACUCAAGCUCACUUAGGGCUGGAGGCCGCUAUCCAUAAAUUCAAUCAGACCAAAUCGACUUCACUGUACCCUGUUAUACACGCGAGUGAUGCUUUCCAAUUUUAUGCGCACCCCAUGCUACCGUAUUUUCAUUUCUCACUAGCUAUUCUUGCACCUUUAUCUCUACGAGUGUAAUCUUGUCUUGUUAUACUUAUAUAUCUUCUCCUUCUCUUAAAUCUUGAGCUGUUUAAUGGCACCAUGUAGAUCAAAUCAUAAGGGUAAUCUAUACCCAGCAUAAUCCCAGA